GAGAAAUGCAUGGAUAAGCCUGGGCCAAAGUUGGACAGUCGGGCUGAGGCCUGUUUUGUGAACUGUGUUGAGCGCUUCAUUGAUACAAGCCAAUUCAUCUUAAAUCGACUGGAACAGACCCAGAAGUCCAAACCAGUCUUCUCAGAAAGUCUUUCUGACUGAUCUCAGCAUUACCUCUUUGGAAAAAUAGUUCAAGCAAUGAAGAGCUGUUGAUGGGAUGGUUGAAGAAAUGGCUAUGUGGGGGGGGGGAUUGGCUCCCAAUUUUCUUUAUCAUCUUGGGACAUCUUGUUAUCUGAGAAUGAACAAAGACCAGUUUUUAUGUAUGGGAGUUGAGAGUCAUGUGUAUUUGGUUGUGUUUUUAAAACUAAUCAUGUGAAAAUAAUUGACAGAUAAAUGAAAUUAUGAGAUGCAUAUUACUGUAUAUGGGACUAUGCUUUCUCAAGGUCCCUUAACUCCUUUAUAUAAUUUUGAUAGUGGAAGUGCUUUUUAUAAUUUGAUAGUGGGACCACAUAGGGUAAAUCUCUUUGUAUGGAAUUCGUUUCUGGUUUUCUAGGGAGAUCUUUGUGUCAGAAAAAGUAGCAGUAGGGAAAUAACCUGGCUAACCUGGCACUGUUUAACCGUGAGCUUUCUUAUCUUUCAAGUUUGACUAUCAGAGCUGAAAAACAUUCUAUGGGUGUUAUACAAUCCAGUUUGUCUUCCCUAUACUGUGAUUUACUUAAAUCUUGGAUUAAAAACUAGGUCUCAAGGUACAAUGGGCAGCCUGAGAAUCCAGAGGGCUUUAGUUAGUUAUAAAGGAAUCUAGCUCAUGAGCAUAAUUCUUACUACCAGACUGCCAUGGGAAGAAGUUAACUUACUCUGUCUAUCAGGCUACAAAACAUUCACACAUGUGCCUAAAGAAGUAUAACAAUUUAGGCCAGUCAAGAACAACAGUUUCAGGUAGAGGUGCAUGCCUGAUAUUAGUCAUAAAUUCCAUUAACUGCAUUCUUUCGGUCACUGAAAUAAAAGCUCUGCGAGAUAA